AUGGCUCGUUCCCGUGCCGUGCUGGCUCCUCUUGCGACGGCCUAUGGCUUCUCGCGCUUCGCAGUCUCUGCUGGUUUGCAGCUUAGUGCAAAGGUGGCCAUGGCCUGUGUGGCGGCGCUCUUCAACAGCUACAGCUUCGUGGCUCCGCGACAGGCCGGCGCGGCAAGCAUCCCGGCAGCUGCCAUCACUGCGGCUGUCGCCCCGGCAGCAGCCCAAGCUGCCGUGGACAUGCCGGAGGCGGAUGAAGUGCACUGCCGCAUCUUCUGA